AUGAUUCAGCAUGACGUCCAAGCGUGGAGUGCGGAAAGCGUCAAAACUCCUCUCCUCAACCCGACCGUACUAACCACCCAGGACAUCGACCAGCCGACGACAAUCAUCCAAAAUGUGAGAGCAGCCCGUCAAAUCGAUUUCGCGAGCCCGUCCCCACGAAUUGCGUCCCUCGAGAUGCUCCAUCACCGUCGCACACGCGCUGCGGCGCUCUGUCACCCCGUCGCUUCGCCACUACGCCCGCAACAUCCAGAACACCUGGCCGCAACGGUGGAUCUCAAGACGCAGAAGCGCCUAGCCAGUGCCGUUGUCGGCUGCGGCAAGCGCAAGAUUUGGCUCGACCCCAAUGAGGUCAACGAGAUCUCCAAUGCCAACUCCCGUCAGACCAUCCGCAAGCUGGUCUCCGAUGGCCUCAUUAUCAAGAAGCCCGUCACCAUGCACUCGCGCUCCCGCGCGAGGGAGCUGAACGCCGCUCGCCGCAUUGGUCGUCACCGUGGCUAUGGUAAGAGGAAGGGUACCAAGGACGCCCGUAUGCCUAGCCAGGUCCUUUGGAUGCGCCGUCUCCGUGUCCUUCGCCGUCUUCUCGUCAAGUACCGUGCCAGCGGCAAGAUCGACAAGCACCUCUACCACGAGCUCUACCACCUGAGCAAGGGUAACACCUUCAAGCACAAGCGCGCCCUCGUCGAGCACAUCCACAAGGCCAAGGCCGAGAAGGCCCGCGAGCGGGUCCUCAAGGAGGAGAUGGACGCCAAGCGUGCCAAGACCAAGGCCGCUCGCGAGAGGAGGCAGGAGCGUGUCUCGGCCAAGAGGCAGGCUCUGGUGGCCGAGGAGUAA